AUGCCUGACAGCGACCGGGAAAGCAAACGGCCUCGCUUGGCGAACGGUGUAAACGAAGAUGGCACUCUUUCACAUCACCCGUCGGAAGAGCAUCUUCCUCAGGGUAUCACAGAGACGGAAGCCGAGCUGCGGGAACACUGGUUCGUCGGUAGCAUCGACCAGGGCACCACGUCCACGCGCUUCCUGAUCUUCAAUGGCGAGGGAGACGUCGUCGUGAGCCACCAGAUCGAGUUCGAGAACCUAUACCCGGAAUCUGGCUGGCACGAACAUGAACCCUUGGAGCUGCUCACCUCGGUGGAAGACUGCAUGGAAGGGGCAAUGGCCAAGUUCGCUGAGCUUGGUCGCUCAGCGGCCGAUAUACGAGCAAUCGGAAUUACAAACCAGCGGGAGACGACCGUCGUCUGGGACAAGCACACCGGGGAGCCACUGCACAACGCCGUAGUCUGGCCGGACACUCGAACCACUAACCUCGUGCGCGAGCUGAAGACCCGAGAUGGUGCGGAUGAGCUGCAACAACUCUGCGGCCUUCCUCUAUCCACAUACCCCAGCAGCGUCAAGCUGUUGUGGCUCCUGGAAAACGUCGACGCCGUCAAGAAGGCGUACGACGAGAGCCGACUUGUCUUCGGAACGGUCGACUCGUGGUUGAUAUAUAAGCUGAACGGGGGCAACGAUGCUCCGGAGCCAAUCCACGUCACGGACAGCACCAACGCCAGCCGGACCAUGUUCAUGAACUUGCGAACGCUGCAAUACGACGACAAGCUACUCUCCUUCUUCGGGCUCGACAAGUCCAAAAUCAGCCUUCCCACCAUUGUGCCCUCGUCAAGCGACACCGCGUUCGGCAAGGUCUCCAAGGGCGCUCUGGCCGGCAUCCGCAUCGCGGGCUGCCUGGGCGACCAGUCUAGCGCAUUGGUCGGCCAGUGCGGCUUCAGCCCGGGCCAGGCCAAGAACACGUACGGCACCGGCUGCUUCCUGCUCUACAACGUCGGCACUGAGCCCGUCAUCUCCAACUCCGGCCUGCUGGCCACCGUGGCCUACGACUUUGGCAAGGGCCGCAAGCCCGUGUACGCACUUGAGGGCAGCAUUGCCGUUGCCGGCGCGGGCGUCAAGUUCCUGAUGCAGAACUGGGGCUUCUUUGAGAAGUCGAGCGAGAUUACCGACCUAGCGGAGACGGUCCAGGACAACGGCGGCGUCGUCUUCGUCACGGCGUUCAGCGGCCUGUUUGCGCCGUACUGGAUCGACGACGCCAAGGGAACACUAUUCGGUAUCACACAGCACACGCAAAAGGGGCACAUCGCCCGCGCCACCCUCGAGGCGACGUGCUACCAGACCAAGGCCAUCCUGGACGCGAUGGAGCAGGACUCGGGCCACAAGCUCGAGAACCUGGCCGUGGACGGCGGGCUGUCGGCGUCGGACCUGUGCAUGCAGACGCAGGCCGACAUCAGCGGCAUCCCCGUCGACCGGCCCGCGAUGCGCGAGACGACCGCCCUCGGCGCCGCCAUCGCCGCCGGCCUGGCCACCGGCGUGUGGGACGAGCUCGAGGAGCUCGAGAACGUCAACCGCAACGGCCGCAAGGUCUUCCAGCCCCAGAUGGCCAAGGCCCAGAGCGAGCGCAUGUUCAAGAAGUGGAACCAGGCCGUCGAGAUGAGCCGCGGGUGGGUGAACGACCAGCACGACGAGUGA